AUGGGUCGACGGAACACUGCCAAGACCGGUGACAAGGCAGUCUACAACUCAAGACCUUCCGUUUCGAAGAACGGCGAGUUGAGAUUAGGAGACGAUAAAUUUAUGCGAGUUGGGAAUUCUUCAGAUGAUGAUUCAGUUGGUGAUGACGGAUCAACAGGUAGCAAUACUCUUGCCAAACAAAAUGUCAUGGAUCUGGGGAUAGAAGAAGGGAGUGACUCAAGCGAUGAGAGCAGUGGAGAUGAAGACGAGGGAUCCCUACAAGAUGGGGUACGCGAAGAAGAGAAAGACUCGUAUGUGGGCUCCUCUUCAGGCGAGGAAGAUUCCUCGUUGGAGAACAAUCUGGACUCCAGUCGUUGGGGGAAGAAAAAGUCAUUAUACUAUCACGGGGACACUGCUGACAUCGAAAUCGGCCAGGAGAAAGAGGAUGCGUUUGACGAAGAGGAAGCGGCGAAGGAGGUCGAGUCUUCCAGAUUUCAGGUUAUGGAUGAUGAUGAUUUCAUGCCGGAGGAAACAUCUGAAAAUGACGAAGGUAGGGCAAAGAAGGCGGAACAGCUCGAUGGAGACGCAAGCAGAACUGCAACUCGUGAAUUGGCAAAUUUUUCUUCAAAAGAGAAGCGUAGAUUUAUCAAGAAACAGCAUCCAGAGCUUCUUCCCCUUGUUGCUUUUUUUUCUGAUGUUUGCACAGAGUGCAAACGUGCAACGCACGCAGCCAACGCUCUAUUCAAUCGAAGCAGUGAUAUCAUUGAGAAUGUCGGUGCAACGAAGGAGGGCCAGCAAUAUUUGCUGACAAAGUCUAUCCUUGGAACCUCUGCUGCAUUGAAUGCUGCAAUUUAUCUUCUCCUGAAACAAGACGCGAAUGGCGGUGCAGGUGAGAGAAGGUCGGCCUCUGAUAUCCAGUGUCAUCCAGUGAUGGCGCAAUUGCAAAAGUGCGUGGUCUUCGCUGAUGCAUUAAAGCAGGAUGUUGGAAUCCACAGAGAUAAUAUUGAGGACCAGAUCUCUUACCUUAUUCAGGCUAUUGCGAUGAUGGAUGGAGAAAGCGGCAAUCAAGAUAGUGAUGCGUCUAUGACUAAUUCGGACGAGGGAGAUAAGGGUAUCUCCGUAGUGCCUGAGACGUCACUCAAGCCACAAGAGAAUGAUGAACAAGAUUUUGACACUAUUGGUGUUGCUUCUGAAACGGUAUCGUCAAAAAUUGUAGAGACAGAGGAUUAUUUGAUGAAUGAGGCAAAGUUUGGCUUACGCGCAUCCGAGGUCGUAAAACGAUCCACUGUUUCGAAGCGACGCAAGGAGUCAGCAGACAAUUACUUUGGUGACCUGAACAAUGAAGAGAUCCGACGCAAAAAACACUUCUUAUCCACCAUAAAUACUUUGGAGCAAAAAUCCAGAAAAGAGCCGAAGCGUACUCAGGUUGAAGAAAUUGACGAGACCGCAGAAAAUAGUGCUUUAGUCCAAGGAUUAAAUAUGAUGGAGGAAGAGCUGCGUACAACAUCCGAUGUCGACGAACAGAAAGAGAGCAAUGAUAUGAAGGAGGACAUUUGGUCAGAAACACGCAAAUCUCAUCCAACUCGUGAUUUCUAUUCUGCUGUUGCAGGUAGAAGCAAACAAAGAAAGGCAAUCAAGAAGAAACUUUACGAAGUGGCGCCCAAGUUCCCUGGCACUGUCGCUGAGGUAUCCGGGGAACGUGCGAUUAGCAGAGCUAUGCUGAAGAACCGAGGCCUAGUAGCUCACAAAGCCAAAAUUAACAGGAAUCCCCGUGUGAAGAAGCGCGAACAGUACCGCAAGGCCCUCAUUUCACGAAAGGGAACAGUGAGAGAAAUUCGAACUUCCGAGGGACACAAGUAUUCGGGUGAGGAAACUGGAAUCAAGAGCGGAAUCAGUAGAAGUAGGAAGCUAUAA